GUACGGUCAGGAGGUGCGUCGUGCGUCGGGGCCAUAGCAACAGAACGUCUGGACGCACAAUAUAAGCGGCUGCCGCUCGCUCAGUUACUCACUUCUCACCUGAGAAAACGCCUCUUGGACGCUCUGUGAACACUUGAUUGAAAACGCACCUAGACUAUCGAGACUACUUCACCAUGGGCGGGUUCACCUUCCUCCUCGACCACCGGGACUUCGUCCCCGAAGUGGCCGUUCAGGACCCUCUGGACCUGGAGGACCAAGGUGAGUUGGAGGUAGGUGGGCCUUGGUUUCAUUUUGGGUUAGGUAUUGAAGAGGACUGGAACGACGGGCUCGCUGAUUUUGGUUUGGAAGAUUGGGAGAGGAGUGACGCGGAGGAGGACGAAGAGGAAGAAGAGGAGGACGAAGAGGAAGAAGAGAGGCGAGUGUUCCUCGAAGAUAGACAGAUAGAAGCAUUCAACGCCUUAGCUCGUCUCUGGGCGGUCCGGUGGAUGCUUCCAGUUCGAGCUGUGGAGCCAGAGGAUCGCGUCCCGACCCCCCCUCCUCAGCCGCAAGCACCCAGCUCUCCUGCUGCUCCACAUCCUCCUCCAGUGGGUCCUGCUCUGGACUUCAUUCCUCGCAGCGGACACAAGCGCGUCAGGGAUGAAGACAAUGAAGAACAGGACGACCCUAGUUCCAAGCGGCCGUGCCUCUCCACCUCCCACCCAGGCCCCACCUCCGACCCAGACCCCACCACCUCCGACCCAGACCCCACCACCUCCGACCCAGACCCCACCACCUCCGACCCAGGCCCCUCCACCUCCGACCCAGACCCCACCACCUCCGACCCAGACCCCACCACCUCCUCUGGGACGCCUGGACGCUUCAGGUUCCAGUACCACCACCUGUUCCAAGACUCUGAGUCGGACGAGGACUGA